AUGCCUCCGCGCAAAAGACAGUCUCGCCAGAAACUGAGACAACGCUCGCCAGUCCCGCCCACUCCUACGGACGCGACCAGUCUGAAUCCGUCCAUGCCGAACCCGCCCAAACCGCUGCACGCAGCCAUGUCUACCAGCCUGGACCUGGACAGCAUACAAAUAACGCCGCGCACGCCUCGCACUGCGCGAGACAUGGGCGCGCGUCUGAAUGCCAACGUGGACGAGGAGGUGGAGAUGAGCCUGCUCGACGAGCGCGAACGCGCCGUCGACGGCUUCGGCGACGUCGGCGUCGAGAAGGGCCAUAGACACAUAUCCUCUGAGGAUAAAAGGGCAAUGGCGCUUCUAUGUAUACUCUACCUCAUCCAGGGCGUGCCAUUAGGGCUUGCCUUGGGCUCUGUACCAUUCUUGCUCCGAGAACACUUAUCGUACUCUCAGCUGGCCGUGUUCGCCCUAACCAGCUACCCGUAUUCCCUCAAACUACUCUGGUCACCUAUCGUCGACUCAAUAUUCGUACCUUCCGUCGGACGGCGCAAGUCAUGGAUCAUACCAAUGCAGAUCAUUAUCGGCACUAUGAUGUUCUGGAUGUCAUUUGGCGCAGAGGAUCUACUCGCGAAGUCCGCGAGUAACGUCUACUGGUUAACUUUUGUCUACACGUCAAUGGUCAUGUUAUCCGCAACGCAGGAUAUCGCUGUAGACGGCUGGGCGCUCACAUUGCUCUCGCAAGAGAACCUAUCAUACGCAUCGACAUGCCAGACCAUCGGUCUUAACACCGGAUACUUCGCUUCAUUCACGGUCUUCCUUGCUCUAAACUCAGAAGCAUUCGCUGCGCGCUGGGGAACUCCCCGUCUUUCGCUUGACACCUAUCUCCGCUUUUGGGCGAUGUUGUGUUAUGCAGUCACCAUCUGGUUGACUCUCUUCCAGAAGGAGAGGGAAGAGAAGCUGUCCGAUGAUGAACUGAAUGUGGCCACCGUCUACAAGCAAAUAUGGAACGUCAUGAAGUUGAAGCAGGUGCAAGAGUUGCUGGUGGUCUAUGGCUUCUGCAAGAUCGGCUUUGCAGCCAACGACGCGGCCUUUUCACUCAAGUUAGUCGAACAUGGCCUCGGCAAAGAGGACUUGGCUAUUGCAGUCUUGAUCGACUUCCCGUUCCAAAUCUUCGGUGGAUGGCUCGCUGCGCGAUACAGUAUGGGUGACAAGCCGCUGCGUCCAUGGUUAUUCGCUUUCUGGCCGCGUCUCGGCUUCUGUGUGGUGGGACUCGCAGUGCUAUACUGGUUCCCAACACCACCGGUGUCGAUGGGCUUCUUCAUCUAUCUUGUCGUCCACACCGUCUUGAUGAACUUCACUCAGACCAUCCAAUUCGUGGGCGUCUCCGCAUUCCACACCCGCAUCGCCGAUCCGCUCAUCGGCGGCACCUACAUGACUCUUCUUAACACAUUCACCAACCUUGGCGGCACCUGGCCCAAGUACUUCAUCUUCAAAGGCAUCGACUUCUUCACCGUCGCGACGUGCGACGUGCCUGAAGGGAAGCUCGGUGGCGGCCAACUCACCAUGACUAUGCCGGAUUGCGUCAGCGACGAGGGCAAGGCCAGCUGUAGUGACCUUGGUGGAACGUGCCACAUGGGACGCGAUGGAUACUACGCAGUAUCGGGAAUCUGCAUAUCUUUUGCCGUCAUCUUCUUGAUCGCCUACAUCAUACCGACGGCGCGUAGGCUGCAAUCUUUACCUAUCACUAAGUGGCGUGUCAUGUCGCAGUAG